AGAAGUAAUACGUUGAUUUACAAAAAACUUUAAGUAAACUUAGAUAUUUGCGUAUCUUAUGAAGCUGCACAAUGCAGACAUCUGAUGCAGCAUCGUGUGAGAACAGCGAGCUUUGCGUUUACCAUAUAAAAUGGGUAACAUGGAAUUCAGUGAAGACACCUCUCAUAACACAGAAUGUUAACGGACCUUGUCCAUUACUUGCAAUAUUCAAUGUUUUGUUGCUUUCAAGGAGAGUCACACUACCUGAAACUUUAGAGAUGAUUUCUUCAAAACAAAUGAUUGAUUAUAUUGGUGGAUUAAUUUUCGAAAGCAUGCCGGAACAUUUGGAUGAUGGUGAAAAAUUAAACUAUGAACAAAAUAUGUCAGAUGCUAUGACAAUUAUUCCUAAGCUACAAACUGGAAUAGAUGUCAAUAUUCAGUUUACAAGUGUCUCAUCUUUUGAAUGUACACCGGAGCUUGCUGUGUUUGAUCUUUUGCAAAUUCCUUUAUACCAUGGAUGGCUGCCAGAUCCACAAGAUAGUAAAACGUGCUCAUGCGUCAGCAACUGUAGUUACAAUCAACUUGUUGAGAAAAUCAUUGUAAAUAAAGAAUCAUCUGAUGAAAAUCUUCAACGGGAAGGAUUAGUUGCAGAGGAAUUCUUAACAAACACUGCAUCUCAACUCACGUGCCAUGGUGUAGUAAAUAUAUUGGAAACAACUCCCAAUCACAGAGUAGCUGUUUUGUUCCGAAACAAUCAUUUUCUAACACUGUACAAAAAGGAGAACGAGCUGUUCACGUUGGUGACUGAUCAAGGUUUUCUUAUGAAACCAAAUAUUGUGUGGGAGACAUUGAGUAGUGUACAAGGUGAUACCUCAUUCACGGAUGCCAACUUUAGCACCACACCAACUCUCAACCAACCAACAGAACAACUUGACAUUGAUUUUCAAAUGGCAUUAUCACUGCAGAAUGAAACAAGCACGCAUGUUGAUGGGAAUCUUAGUGUAGAAGAACAAGACCGCCAGUUGGCGUCAAAGAUCCAACGUCAAUUCGACCAAGAAUCGUUGCAAUAUCCUCGCUCUUCAGCACCACCCACCGACAACCCAACGCCGGCAAACCAGCCGAAAGGAGAAAAAUGUGUCAUAUUAUAACAUACACAUAUUGAAGCAUAUACUUUGUACACGUAUAUUCGCUGUGAUAGUACAAACACUGGGAACAUGUUAUAACAAUGCGGACACUGCAAUUAUUAUUGUGUACACUGUAUCUAACUGAUGCAAUAGUAGUUUUUAAAUAAUACAACGUCCUUAGUGCAUCAAGAUUACUUUUAAUCGCGUAUUACCUGUUACAGUUUUAAGACAAGAGUUUAAAAUAUAUUUAUUCCGUACUAUAGAUAAUAAAAAUACUAAAUAUA